UAUUCUUUUACAGGAGCUGCCGAUACAAAGGCUGGCUGGGGGGAAAUCAUAAGCCACCUGUGACAUCAAGAUCAAGAUCAAGAUCAGAGUUUUGCCCAUGUGUCAUUGAACCCUUUAGUCUCCCUGUCAGUGUCCCAGGCGAAGGAUGAAGGGUCUCCUCCGAAUUUGGACGUCCCUUUUCCGUUACUCUGGGUACAGCAAGACCCUGAGUGACGACCCCGCCCCACAAACACAUCAACAGUCUGAAAAAUAUCAUGGGGAUGGCGACGCAGGAGAAACAGGGUUUGGCAAGCGGCACAACCUCAUCCUGCUCCUGUUCUUUGGGUUCAGUUGCAUCUACGCCAUGCGAGUAAACUUGUCCGUCGCCAUCGUUGCCAUGGUGAAGACGCGCCCCAAGAGUAAGGAGCUACACAGCCUCUCAGACGAGUGCCCCGCCCCGCUGCCACCGCCCCGGGAGGACGAACAGUCGCCUUGGGAAAGUGAAUCUCAGGCAGGGGAGUUUGACUGGGAUGAGCAGAGCCAAGGCCUGGUGCUGGGGAGCUUCUUCUAUGGGUACCUGCUCACAAACUACCUUGGGGGCCGCCUCGCUGACAGGUUCGGGGGGCGCCGCAUCUAUGGGGCCGGCAUCACCCUCACGGCCGUCCUCACCCUGCUGUCCCCCGUGGCCGCCAGACACUCCACGGGGGCCUUUGUGCUCACCAGGAUGUUAGUGGGCAUGGCGGAGGGGGUGACCUUCCCGUCCAUGAACAUGCUAGUGUCCUACUGGAUUCCUCCCCAAGAAAGGGCACGCUCGCUAACCCGCAUUAUUGGAGGGUGUCACGUGGGAACGGUGGUAACGUUAUCACUGAGCGGGUGGUUCAUACAGUCAGAGUGGGGCUGGCCAUCAGUGUUCUACGUGUACGGUGCCCUGAGUCUGGUGUGGAGCUGGUUCUGGUUCCGGCACACGUACGACUCUCCCGACCAACACCCGACCAUCACCGCAGCCGAGAAGUGUUACAUCAAGCAGGGCAUCGGGGACCACAGAGGGAAGAUGGGUCUGGAGGUACCCUGGCACUCCAUCCUGACCUCCGUGCCCUUCCUGGUGGUGGUGGUGUCUCACAUCGGACACAAUUGGGGCUUCUACUGCCUGCUGACGGAGCUGCCCACGUACCUCAAGAACGUGCAGCACUUUGACAUGAAGCAGAAUGGCUUGCUGUCAGCGCUGCCCUACCUGGUGCAGUGGGUGUUCAGCCUGAUCUAUUCCUCCUACAUGGACCGCCUUCUUAAAGAGGAUAGACUCUCCACCGUGCAGGUCCGGAAACUCUCCAUGGUCAUAGCCAAUUACUUCCCCAUGGUGUCGCUGUUGCUGAUGUCCUGGGUGGGCUGUGACAGGUGGCUGGCGGUGGUGCUGAUCUGUGUGACGGUGGGCACGACGGGAGCCUCCCUCUGCGGCAUGCACUGCGCUUUUCAGGAGCUGGCGCCUAACUUUGCCGGGACGCUGACAGGGAUCUCCAACACCCUCGCCACCAUUCCCGGCUUCCUCGCCCCGGCCGUGACGGGAACAAUCAUCAACAACCAGCAAACGUUGAGUCGGUGGAGCGAAGUGUUCCACCUGGCGUCAUUUGUGUACUUCGUGGCCGGCACCAUGUACCUCGUCUUCAUAUCCGUCGAGACCCAACCCUGGAACGACACCAACGCUGAAAAGAGAAGGGAUCUCUUGAAGGACAAUGCAGAGCUGAAGACUGUAUGAGGUAAAUGUGUGGGGGGAGCGGUGAUGGUUCAGACAGUGGGAUGGCCCGGGCAUUGCAUUUAUCUAAGGCGUCAGGGACCGAGUGCCUAGAGAUCUAGGGUGAAUGUGUGAAACUUUGUUGUCUUGGAGCACGCUUGGUGACCAUGCUGCCUGAGAGGUACUUUUCAAUGCAGGUCAGUUGUUAUGUAUUUUUUUGCACCUCUUGUGUGAUAUUUUUAGGGAGUAUCGUAAGCUGUCACGUCAUGAAUAUGGGAAUUAGUGAGGUGUGCAGCGUCAUGGUGGGGCAGCGAUGUUUGAAGAAGGUAUUGCCGUAAAGCACACGAGUUCUAUCGUGUUGUGCUGGAAGUGGAGUGUGACCUGACAUUCAGUUUUGUAGAUUUGUGACGAUUGGGACAGUUGGUUUCCAUUGUUGUUAUUAGUUCUGUAUUAAUUUAAACAAUAAUGUGCUGGAGCAUUUAUGAAGAGCCUAAUAUGGUUGAGUAAUAUGGUGUGCAUGUGAGAGAAAGGAAGUCACU